AUGUUUGAAGAUGGUCUCUUAGAAUACUUGCUUACUUAUAAACUCUCACAAGACCACUUGGAAAUAUUUUUCUCAGCAGUGAGGCCUAGGAGUGGAUUUUCUAACAAUCCUACUGCUGCUCAAUUCGAAGCAGCUUACAAACGAUUGUUAAUACAUACAGAAAUCAUGACUUGCUCUGAAAGUGCUAACUAUAAUGACAUUCAGAAGUCUUAA